UACAGGAACAUUAAAGUUUUAAUUUUGCUUUUAGUAUCACGCGCGAGUCUCAGAAUAGCCACGGCGCGCGCUCGAGAAGGGCGUGACCAUAUCUACACGGCCCCGCCCCCUCUCCCGCGGCCUGCCGUUCAAGCUGGCUGGCUCCGCCCCCGAGCGGGGUUGUGCUUGUCUCGUGGCGGACCUCGCCUUCUGCUGUGACGUAGCCAAGGCGGUGGGUUGCCCGGAUGAGGCAGGGUUCGGAGCUGUGUCAGCGACUGAGGCGAUGCGGUGGCAGCAGCGGCGUCGGCAGUGGUAGGAGGAGAGCGCCGCUGGACGGUUGAGGAGCGCGAGGAGGAACAAGGGUGGGUCUAGAGGAGCAAGUGUGUGUGAGAGAGAGAGCGUGUGUUGUGUGUGAGAGUGGGUGGACUCUUUGAAGUGCGCGAGCGGGGCUGAGGUACCGCCGAAGCCGGGUGAGCCCCCACCCCACCCCGGUCCUAUCUCUCCCCCCCCCUCCCCACCGGGCGCACAACUGCUUCACUCCUUCGUCGCGAGCUCGUGCCGGAUUGGUUGCGAAGCGACAACGGGGCAGAUUCCGCCCCUGCCGGCCUUCUAUUAGUCGGAAGGGGAGCCAUGGCCGACUGUCACUGGCUUGAAGCCGUGUCAUUCAUCCAUCAGGGAGCGGCGGGCAGGCGGCCUCCCUCCUCCCCCCCUCCCCCGAGGACUCGCUGCCCUCCUUUCCCUGCCACCGCUCAGGCAGGGGAGGAGGCGGCCGUUUGUCGCUCCUCUGUUGGUGGCGCCACCGCCGCCCGCCACGCUGUCGGCCAGCGCCGCCCUGUGACGCCUCGGCGCCCCGCCCGGAACCUGCCCUCCCUUGCCCUGGACCGUUAACGCCGAAGGGUUCCGGCUGCUGCUGCUGGCCUCGUGACUCACCUCACGGCCCGCCGCUGCCGCCGCCGCCCUCCCCACUUCUCGGUAGGCCCCGGCCUCAGAUGAAGGCCUGCCUCCGGUUCUGCACCGCCGGCACCAGCUCCCUUUCGUGCCAGCCCUGCGCUUCGUAAGAAGCGGGCAUCCUGUUGCCGCUUCUCAGGCCUCCAUUUAAGCGCUCCGGGCUCCAGUCUCUUGAGCUUCGGCGUUUGGCCUGUGACUUCCAGCUCCUGGCCAACCCUGUGGCCGCCCUGACUUUUCCUUUCUCUUCCUGCCUCUGGCAACCUUGGCCAGGUACCUCCCGCAGCUUUUGUUCCAGCUGAUAAGGCUCUACGACAAGCGAGGCCCAAAUCCCCGUGUGUGUAAAAUCUUGGGCGGCUUGGAUUCCUUCCAGUAUUGAAGUCUGUUCCCAGGAGUGACUCGGCCGUCUCUUGCAAGGUCUUUUUUGGGAUGUUUGUGAAUUUCCCAAGCGAGUAAACCUUGCUUUUAAAUUAGGAGGUGUCAAAGAGUAUAUGACCUUCCUUCUGAGUCUUUGUGUGUUGUGAUAGGAAAAAGAUGACUGCCCACUUUAAGGAUUUGGCUUAACCCUUUAAGGUUAAGCUGGACAUGCUGAGACACUUACUUGGUCACAUGUAACACGGUAUAUAUUAAAUGCGUAUGUUUUUAAUGUUUACAUCCGAAGGCUGUCUAGGUGAGGUGAAUAAUGUCUUCCUCUGUUAAUUCCCAUUGGGCUCACUUCUUGUGUUGCACCUCAUCCAGGGGAGAAAGCCUGCAGUAAUUGGAAAUGGACAGAUAAGGUGAGGAAGGGUCAGGAUUCAACUCCACUGCCCUGGGUCUCCUUUUACUCUGAAAUUGAAUUUAUUAUUAUUUAUGAAAUUUUAUACCACCCCUCACCUGUAGAUUUCAGGGCAGUGCACAUCAUAAAAAUACAAGACAAAGAACAAAAACAAUAUAAACCGGUAACCUCCCCACCCCCACCCUCUUCUUACAUGUGAAUAGGGAUGAGAACAAAAAAUGAGGUUGCUUCCAUUAUAUGCAACUGAAGUGAACUGAAAGCAUAUCUUCCCCCACUCCCCUUAUUACUCUUGCCUCCAUUUCCCUCCACUCCCUCUGCACCCUUCUCCUGUGUCAAAUAGUUGAUCACACUGGAUAUGGUCUGUCUUCUACAUGUGCACCAGUACUGUAAUAAUGAUAAUAGAUGUUUUAUACAAACAACUCCUCCUUUGUUAAUGUUGAUUUUCACUGUAGAAUCUUUAACUACUAGCCUGCCAAAUUUGGGAAAGAGAAAAGCUUAGGUGUUUUGCUGUCAGAUGGUUGCUAGGAUACACAAAUAUACUGUUGAUGUCAGAGCACUAAGUUCCCAUGAGUCACUGAAAAUAUUUUUCUUUCGCUUAGUGGAGGGAAGAGGCAGGUAUGGUUACAGAUGCUGCAUUUUAUUUUGGAGAUAAUCAAGUUGUUGGAAGGUGGCUAUAGUAGAUCAAAAGUAAACAACAACAACAAAAAACACCAACCCACCAAAUCACGCAAAGCAAAUCCUAAUUAUGGUUUUCUGCCCCAAAGAGUUGAAGGCUUUUUGUUUGAGACAGCUGCAGAGUAAAAUCUUAGUUGCUGCUGUUCUCGUUGCUCCCUGACCCAUCCGGUUUUUUGCCCUUACUGCGUAUGUCUUAAACCAUGUUCUGCAAUCACAGAGGCAAUUUUUGCAUUGUUGGUAUUAGACAUAUCUUACACUCAAAUUUAUGGUGAUACAGCUGCUUUCAUGGUAUUGGCCCUUGCAGAUUGAUAUGAGAUGGGGUUCAGACUCUGGAAAGUAAAGCCUUCAUUGAGAGUUCAGCUACUUCAGAUAGGAUAGGAAGUGAAAGCCUUUAGUUUACCUUUCACGAUGUGGAUAGAUUUGAUGUCAGAGUCUUGGCAUGAUGUCCCCAAAGAGGCUUUCCUGGCAACCUCAUUAACAUCUUUUCGGCACCAGGCAAAGACCAAACUUUUCCUGCUUUUGGGGGUAUAUUUUAACUUGUUAUUUCAUUGGUCACUUUUUCUAGUGAACAUACUGAUGUCAAGACAUACUGAUGUUUCUUAAUUGUGCUGUGAUAUACUUAAUGAUUGCUUGUGUUACGUAUUUUAAAAUGUGUAAUGUUGAUGUUUUAUUUUGUCUUUUCAUGGUUAGUCUACUUGACAUUCUUCUGUAGGUGAUGAAUAAAUGUUAAUAAUAAGUAUGAUUAUUAUAACUAUUGAUGCAGAUUUCUCAAAUGCCUGGUGACCUCUUUGCCUAAUGGCUUGUACUGUAUGCUGAAAACAUAACCCUUAAUUUUUCUGGUUCCAUCCAAACCUUAAAAGCCAGAGAUUACAUGGAACUCCAGUAUAGCUUCAGUUAAAAGCCUUGUGUGGUUACAGUAUAGUCCAGUCCUAGGGCCCCAUGAAGAAAGUGGACACAUCCUGCAGGUUUUAUCGGUAGGGAAAUAGCCGGGCACCAGUAGGUUCUUUGUGAGUUCAUUGAGAGCUUGGAGGUUGAAAAUGAAUGUGGAGCAGUAGUGGAUCAUUGUUGUGUGGUCUUCUGUCAAGAUGACACAUCAUAAUCUGGUCCUGUGUCUUGAGUGCAUGGGCACACUGCUGGUUCUAUAACAUGGGCAAAUAUUCUAUUGUGGAUGGUUCUUGUCAAUUUGUCUUUAUGAUACAUUAUCUGCAACAAUACAUAUUAGACUGAAAUGCUGAUACAUGUCUUCAGCAUUGCUUUUUGCAGUGGACUUGCAGGUAUCAAACUGCUGCUGUUUAGGUGCCUGUAGGUGAAAUUCCAAAUUCUUUCACAUCAAGCUUUCCUUUCUCACUGCAGGUGAAAAUAUGUGAACGUGUAUCUCUUAUGUUGCAGUGGUGGGGUGCAGUCUUGCAUGGGUGAUAUUGGAAGGAGAAUGGUUAGCAGGGAAAGUGGUAAGAGCCCUCUCCUGCCUUUAUUUAUUAUUGCUGCCUCCAGUUGCUACUUUUCAUUUAAAAAAAAAAGUCAGGGGAAGUUUACAUCAUUGAACUAUGUGCAUGCAGUGUGGCUUCUGGCCACAAUAUGCAGUUAGGGUCUGAUUUAGGAUGACUUCUCUUUAAAAGUGUAGAGCUUUGUAAUAAGUACUUGAGAGCGUCAGAGCUGCACCCAGGAAGCUUGCUGCUUGGCAAUAAUAAGAGCAAAGGGGAGGGAGCGGCUGAUUCACAACUGAGUUUAGAGAGAGUGAGACUCUGCAGCUCUGAGGACAUGUGAACUCUGAUUGCCUAAAAUUGCAUCAUUUACAAAGUGCGUGCUUUUCAAGUUAAUGCUGGGACCAAUACAAACUUUGAUAUGUGGCAACAGCAAACAAGCUUUUACGGGAGAAAUAAGUUGAUGAAAGUUUCACUAGAUUUAGAUGUAUCACGAUCAGUUACUAUUCCAAGGAAGGGAAAGGAGACCAUGCAACUCAGCUAUUGGUCUGGUGUAUAUAAAACUUGUAUGUGCAUCAUUCCUUCAUAUUUGGGGCUUAGAAAGGUUAAUAAGCUGUUAUGAAAAAGAAAGUAAAACACAGCACAGUGCUCACAAACUAAUCUGUGUUAAAGUACUAUAUUUGUGUAUGCAGUAUUGAGAUAUUUCAGACUUUAGAAUCAGUUUCUUGAACUGAUUCCUAAUUUAAAGUGCAUUCUGUUUUCAUAUCCUGCAAGGAAGUUGUUUGUGUGCUGUCUGUGGCAAAUAUUGAGUUUAUUUUGUUAAUGCCAUUUUAAGGAUAUAUGCAUUUUAGUAAACCAGUUCAGUGAGAACAUUUAACUGGUCUCAAAAACUGAAGUCUGGAACCAUAAUGCUGUGCUUCUAAAUGUAGACAAAUGACUAUAGAUUGAUAGGUCGUUCCCCCCGCCCCCACUCAAUGGUUCUCUGACGUUCUUGUAUCUAAGUUUAGGAACUGGACAUAAAUGUGCAUUUGAGGCUAUUGCAAUUGAGGUAGUUUUUGUUUGAGUAAUGUACUUGCCAGAGGAACACUAAAUAAACCUCCCCCCCACCCCCAGUAAAAUGGCAGGGAAAGAUUGAAUGAAUGUUAUACCUUUUUUUGGAAAUUUUUAUUUGAUUUUACAAAUAUAGAGUUAUAACAAUACAAAUUACAUAUCCAUAUUUAGAUAUUUCCCUGAAUCGCUGGACUUCCCACCUUCCCCUCCAUGGGUCCUAUUGAAUGAAUGCUAUCCUUAAUUUUAAUAAACCUUCUCAGAAGAACUUAGGUCAUCGUAUAAAGAAUCAUGUUAAGUUUCCCCUACCACACCACACAUUUGCUUUCCUUGUUCUUGCAGAUGGCUUUUAAAAAUUAUAAAUGCAGAACUCUAUUUGGGUAAUUCACAGUAAGCCAUGGUUACUAGUUCACAUUGAAUGCAGAAAUUGCUUUUGAUUGCAAGUGGAAGUACAAACCAUCACCUUUGGCUAAGUGUUAUGGUUCAUACUCACUUGUAGCAACCACUCAUCCAAUGGCCAUCCUGGUAGCAGGAAUCUUAUUCAGAGCAACAGCCAAAUCCAUUGAGUGACUUGCACAUUCAAAAUAUAUUGCUUAUUUGCUACUUUUAUUGUACUUUGUGGCAGUUAAGCUGUGCCACAUUACUACUUCCACAACUAACAUGUUGGCUCUCACCCAAUGUCCAAACCGAGCAUCAAGUUUUGCGUUGCUCCAAACAGCAGCUUCUUUGGAGAAAAAUACAUCUCAGUCCCCUGUUCUGUUGAGCCAAGGAUUAUAGCUUGUUGCUGCUGCUCAUUAGUAGGGAGAAGUAAAGUAAGAAUGAUCUCUGCAUCCAUGGUAAACCAUAACCAUAGCUUACCAUGUACAUCUAAAUGCAACUGCAGUGUAGAUUCUCUUUACAGUUCUUAUUUGCCAUCAUAUAGUCUUGAGAGGUGUUGUUUUUAUUUGAACAGGUGCAAAAAGGAAAUGAACAGCAACCUGUUCUGAACCCAGAUCUGCCCUGGUUCUCUACAUGUGCCACACACUUUAUUCUGCUCUGCCCCCAUGGGUGGAUAUAGUUUUAUUCUCUUCUUUUGGUACUCUACAACUUCAUUCAUCAUUUUCUUGUAAGCUUACUGGGCAGCUGGUAUCAGUGAAGAGGUGAUCAGAGACUGCAGUUUGUAAAUUCUUCCUUUCCUUGAUGAAACUGGUUGUUUUUAGUAGUACUGAGACCUUUCAUUGAGUAAUCAUCAUGUGACCUUACUAAUCUCUGUAGAUUCCAGAGCAGCAUCUGAUAAACACAGGUUUCAGGAAGUGCUGACAUCCUCUCCCAGCCAGUUGCCAGAAGCGUAUGAUUCAGUAUUCUGAAGUGAGUUAGAUCUUAUGAUAAUGCUAAAACACACUUCUGAGGAAGAUAAAUAAUUGUUUGCUUGAGUAAUCGCCACUUAAAAUGUGAAUUUGGUAUUUGUCCCCCCCUCAUAAAUUUAUGACUGCUUCCUACAUGCAUUUUAAAAUGUGCAGUGAAGUGAACAUGAAGUGACCUUAAAAAGAUGUGUCUUUGGGAUGUGAUCAGAGAGGAGUCUUAGAGAUGUAUCUGGCAGAAUUCAAGCUUGUCUGCUGUCCAUUUGUCUCAAACUUGUGCUCUAAUCUUACACAUCACAAAGAUGUGUGUCUGUGCCAUUUUCUAGUUGCUUUCCUACAUAGAUUGUAAGAAUGCAAUUAAGGAAUAAUACUGUGGAUAACAUUUUUUAGAACAUUGUACUUAGUGGUACAUAUGCACACAAGCUUAUUUUUCAGUUUGAACCUCUGCUUUGCAAAUCCUUUUUCUUUUUUGAAGGCAACACAGAAGCUGUGGCAGUGCCUCUGGAUGAUGGACUUUAUUCCUAAUUCUGUUCAGACGCUAUGCUGGGCCAACUGGCAAUCCCCCCUCCAACUGCUCCCCACACUUUCCCCAGAUUAGUGUUAAGUAUAAUUAAGCAUUUCCAGUGUAACCAUAGUUACCACUAGACAUACGUUGCCUUUAAUUUGGAAAUUGAAACCACGAUUAGCCCUUAAAUCAGAGAUUGAAAUUAGCUAGCCAUAGUUAGCAGUUAUAGUAGGUUCACAUAUUGUGUGGGGGUUAUGUUCCGGGGGCUGCAUGUAAAGCUGUAGAAAAGUUCUUUUGGGAUGCUCUCAAGCUGCUAAUUACUUGACUGGAGUGCAGUAGAGACUUUCUUUAAUAUUAGGUGUAUGGCUCACAUUCAGUGUUCGAAACUGCUAUUCUAGGUGCAUUUUGCGACAGGGAAUUUCAUUAGUGUGAGCAGUUUCUGAAGAUUUCAGAUUAGAGCUGCAGAGUGGAGGGGGAGAAGAGAGUUAUCUGUUGAGGACUCCCCAUUCUUGAAGACUUUUUUGCAUUCUUAGUGCACAUUUACAUUUUAUUUCCUUUCCUUUCUAUUAAUUGGCCAAACAGAGUUUACAAAUCAAAUAUACAGUGGUACCUCGGGUUACAUACGCUUCAGGUUACAUACUCUUCAGGUUACAGACUCCGCUAACCCAGAAUUAGUACCUCGGGUUAAGAACUUUGCUUCAGGAUGAGAACAGAAAUCGUGCUCCGGCGGUGCGGCAGCAGCAGGAGGCCCCAUUAGCUAAAGUGGUGUUUCAGGUUAAGAACAGUUUCAGGUUAAGAACGGACCUCCAGAACGAAUUAAGUACGUAACCAGAGGUACAACUGUACUCGCAUUAGACUUUGCAAAAUGUCAGUCAAUGCUGUUGGAGGAUUUGACUUCAUGCUUCAUAAACUACCUGUUCUAAGGACCAUAGCCUGCUUUUGAAGUCUCUUCAUCUGCUUAGUUUUUCACUUCCUCCAUACUUCUGUGGUGUUUUUGCUUAGGACUGAUUUGCGAAGAGGCUGCCUGGAAACUUGCAAGCAAAGAUGUACUACAUUUGAAAUCCCUUCUCUACAAUGGUUGCCAAUUAUCAUUUUUGUGGAAAUUGUGCUAUCCAUGUUAUUAGGCCUAAGCCACAACAUAAUCAGCUUGUAACAGACUGUAUUUUUCCAGACCUGUUGAGUUUCAUUUCUGAGAGGCCUCUGAGAGCAAACUACUGUUGCACUACUUCAGUCAUGCUUGUUCGAAGCGUCUCAUGUUGCCAUUUUGGUGCUUUAAAUUUAAACUGUAAAUCCAAGUGAAGUCCUUGGAAGAAGUCAUUUGAAAACAGCACACUAUUGGGUGGAAGAACCCACAAAUAGUUCAUUCCUGGAAUGGUGCAGACUGUUUUAAAUAGUACCUUGGCACAAACACCAUUGAUGUUACCACACUGAGAAGGCAGAGUCUGCCAAGUCCCAAAAUGCCACUUAGCAAUUUGAUCUGUUCCUUGAGUCACUUAUUGCAAUGAUGUCUGUUUACAUGCUAGGAUUCUUUGUCCCAGUUCAGGGAGACUGUACUGGAUCAGGUGCAUUGGUUAUGAUCCAGUGCAGUUGUGUGAUUGGAAUGGGGGUAACAGAAUGUAAGAAAUGAUAGGUCAGCAUUUAUAUUCUAGAUGGACACAAAAAAGUCAAGGUAAUAAUAAUUAAAUAAUAAAUUAAUAAUAAAAAGGUAACCCAUAAGUUGAAACAAUAUCAUAGCCCAGUGACAAAUAUUCAUCUCCAUGACCUCCAAUCUGUUGUCCAUUGGACUAUGAUACUGUUUUUAUAAAAUUAUCAUUUAAAAGUUGUCCUGUACAGUGGUACCUCGGGUUACAUACGCUUCAGGUUACAUACGCUUCAGGUUACAGACUCCACUAACCCAGAAAUGGUGCUUCAGGUUAAGAACUUUCCUUCAGGAUGAGAACAGAAAUCGUGCUCCGGCGGUGCAGCAGCAGCAGGAGGCCCCAUUAGCUAAAGUGGUGCUUCAGGUUAAGAACAGUUUCAGUUAAGUACGGACCUCUGGAACGAAUUAAGUACUUAACCCGAGGUACCACUGUAUAUGGAAUAGAUUUAUAUUUAACUUAUAAGUCACCUUGACCCUUUUUGUAUCUAUAAAGUAUUGGGCAGGAAAUACAUUUACCGUAUUUUUUGCUCUGUAAGACUCACUUUUUCCCUCCUAAAAAGUAAGGGGAAAUGUGUGUGUGUCUUAUGGAGCGAAUGCAGGCUGCGCAGCUAUCCCAGAAGCCAGAACAACAAGAGGGAUCGCUGCUUUCGCUGCUCUUGCUGUUCUGGCUUCUGAGAUUCAGAAUAUUUUUUUUCUUGUUUUCCUCCAAAAACUAGGUGCGUCUUGUGGUCUGGUGCGUCUUAUAGAGCGAAAAAUACGGUACCUUGUUCUUGAUUACUCAGUGUUUAUAUUUCUCCACUAUCAUUAUGCAUGAUACUUUUCUCAAAGUACUGGCCUCAGAUGAUACUGCUAUUUAAGAACUGUAGUUCUGAACUGUUACGUUUUUUUCUUUGUCAUGUUUUGUACAGUAAGAUGAAGUAGAAUACUAUGUGUGUGCUUUGAAUGUUCAGGUCAGAAAUGUGGGUCACAGAAAUGUGGGAUGCGCCAGUUUGUUUCCCUGGAGGGAGAAAUGGCUAUUGAUGCUUGUCAGAAUUCAGCAGUAUUCUUUGGUUAACAGCAUUAGAAUCUAUAUACAUGCGGAGGAUGAAAAGCUAUCGUGAAUGCAGUUCAUUCCUUCCUGUGUGGCACCUCAAAAGUUAGUAAAACAAAUGCCUUCUUUGUAGUUGAGUGGCUGCAACAUUGACUCAGAUGCUAGCAGUGAUCAUCUGUUGAAGGAAUGGGGGCUUUAACAGUCCUCUGGAAAGAAGCAGCUGACUAAAUUUUAAUUGUAUUAUUAUUAUUUUAUUUUUCAAACUUUUGUGAGAAUAUGAUUUAAGGGCAGUAAAAAAUUAUAUAUAAUGAGUCCUAUUGGCCUUUAAAAAAAUUGAACUUGCUUUUGAUAUCUAAAUUUAUUGGUAAUCUUAAUGUAUAUUUAUUGUAACUUGCUAAGAGGUUUUGAUCAAGUGCUAUAUAAAUCCUGUUAAAUAAGAAAAAUAAAACAGGAGGAACAAACGCUGCUUGGAAUCGUGCACUACAGAGGGCUAAACUAGAUGUGUUAUGAGAGAUUGCCUAUGUUUAACAUUUUAAAAAGCUUCAGUGAUCUGGAUUAGGGUCGUAGCACUAGGGGGAGUGCUGACCAGGGUUCUUUGCAAGGAGCUUGCAAAAAAUGCUUCUGCAUUCUUUGCAGGUCGCUUCAAGGAUUGACUGUGGAGUUCCCCAUGAGGAAAUCAAUAGCACAGUUUUUUUGUUUAAUGUAUUUUUUAUUAAAGAUUUCUUGGUUUAUAAAAGUAUGUGCAAUGCCUUUUUUCAAGUUACAUUUUCUACAGAUCAGUUUCAUUUGUUGAGACAUUACUGUUAUAUUAGGAAGAAAAGGGGGGAAGAGGUGGAGGGGGCCAUGGUGGGUGGGAUCGGGUGGCGAUGUUUCUAUUUUACUUAAUAUAUGAGUGGGGUUUUGUAUCAGCGUCACUUGUGCAAGUUCUCUGCUAGAAAUCAAUAGCACAGUUGAUAGCAGGAAGCUUGAACUGAGCACCUCUCAGCACAACCAGGAGUCUACUUUAAGGUUGUGCACUGGCAACCAUGUUUCCACCUGCCCUCAGCUGAUGUCACAUACCAUGUCAGAUUUGGAACAAGUUUUGUGUAGUAUAAGGGAGAUAGCAGGCUAAAUUGGGACCCAUGCUGGGCCUAAUUGGGUCACAGUCUGGAGAUUCCCCAUACCUCUAGUAGAGCUUCUAGCCUCCAUCAGCUAUAGUGCUUUAUCUAUGCCUUCAAUGUACUCUUGAAGUGCUACCCUAUGUUUUUGUUGGCAUGUCAAAGCAGUUCAUUAUCUUUGUGCUUCUGAACAGAUAAUGUUGUAGAGCCACUCUGCCAAUUUCUAUUCAUUAUUCAGGUGCUAGAGAAAGGGCAGUUUGAAACCUUUCAGCCUCUCACUGUCUGUAGGGCAGGAACAAACCUUUGCUCGGCUUAAAUGGCUGACCAGACUUUACUUCUAUGAUCUUACUCAGUGGGUGAUAGAAGUGUUAGUUCCAGUAAUUACAGGUCUUACCACCUGGCUGAAAAGCCAAUGCUUGCUUUAAAAUGUGAUCAUUUGCAUAUUCCUUAGCUGGAUUUGUUCCAACUCCGUUAACCCUUCUUUGAAUAGCAUGGUACAUUUUGGGUGUGUUUUUAUUUUGUUUUCCCAAAACAUUUAAAGUGGGAUUCAAUUUAAAUGCAACACUGCAUUUUCAGAGAACUCUUGGUGGCCUGGUUCAACCCAGACUUAAGGUAAAGGUAAAGGGAUCCCUGAGCAUUAGGUCCAGUCGUGACCGACUCUGGGGUUGCAGCGCUCAUCUCGCUUUAUUGGCCGAGGGAGCCGGCGUACAGCUUCUGGGUCAUGUGGCCAGCAUGACCCAGACUUAAAACAUUUUAUUUGCUGAUAAAAAAAAUAUGCCAAUCACCCAUACUCAUUUCUUUUGAGAUGAAUAGAAGGUGAGGUAUAGUUCUACUUGUUGCUUUGGAAUGCUGAGAGUCCUGGGGCUUGUCUGAAACCAGUAGGCCAUAUCAGGAGCUUCCUAUUAAACACUCUGGAUUUUGCAGGUGACCAUGAUCAUGGACUGUGAAGAAAUCCCUGAGUUCUCAUGUCCAGAGGAAGAAACUGCAUACUGGAAGGAGUUAUCUUUGAAAUAUAAACAAAGGUAUGGUUCUAGUAGUAGUAUACUGAGUUUCAUUUCUAGGUAGUUAAUGCAUUUAAAUUGCUUUCUUUGAGGUAACCUUUUAAAUGUCUGUCGCAGCAGUAAGAAGCAAGUGGUUGGAAGCCACGUGUCUUCAGCAAAGCUGUGAGCUAUGUGCUCUGGGAUGCAGGAAUAGAAUUUCUUUGUCAGUAGUGGCCUUGCACUGUUUGAAAUCUGCCUUUGCAAACAAUGGGGUCCUUUAUCAUCUCAAGAAUGCUGCUGAUUGCUGCCUUUGGCAGAUUGUCUCAUGCUUCACUGUGGGGUUAAACUGUAUAUCUUUAAAAGUUCUAGUUUUACUGAAGUUUAGUUUAGGUACAGUGCAGCCUAAUUUUGGUAAAUAAGGUCGUUCUGAGAUUAUAGGAGCUUCUGACUCCCUCUAGUGAUUAGGAUGCUGUUUAAGCCUCUGAUUCUUGUCUAUUGCAUGAUAGCAGCCCAGCACAUGCGUGAUCUGAAUGAAUUCAGUUUCCUGCCUGAAUACUGGUAUGGAAUGAAAGACAAAGACAGCCAUUAUGGGCUACCAGACCCCCCCUCCCCCAGAUUAGAUAGAUAGUAGAUUCAUUGUUCUGACUUGGUGGGUAAUUUUUGUAUAGUCUUGUAGUCUUGUUAGCUUCUUCUUGCCUAGAGCAGUAUGGUUUGAAAAAGGAAAGGAAAAAAAAGCAGUGAUGUUGGCUUCCUGAACAAGGUGUGUGGUGUGAGUUUUUAAGGAGUUAACACAGGGAUGGGUAGAAACUACUCUAUUGGGAAAUUUGCGGGGGAUUGGCAGUGGUUUUCAAUUUUUAUUUUUUUAGCAAUAGCAAAAAGGAUUCAACAGCAUCCUCAGAUUAUUAGUACCUUGUUUAUUCAUCACUUUUAAGAGUCUCAAAGUGACUUAGUUUUUUAUCUAAAGGCACUCAUCCAGUAAUAUUGUAAAAAAGUUGAAGCCUACUGUACCCAAAUAAAAUAUUAACACCACAAACAGGCCAGAAAACAUACCACAGUAUUAUCCCAAUUAAUCAAAAGCCUGGGCAAAUAGGAAUGUCUUAGCCUGGUGUCUGAAAGCUGACAGUGAUGGUGCUAGGUUUUCAUAGGGAGAGGAUUCCACAAAUGGAUAGCAACCCUUGAAAAAUCCCAUUCUCAGGUUGUCACCCUCUAUACCUCCCUCUGAAGAGGCACACAGAGAGGGGCCUCUGAAAAUCCCUGGGUUUGGGUAAGUUCAUACAAGGAGAAGUGGUCCCUAAAGUAUUGCGGGUUCUGAGCAGCAUAAGGCUCUAUAGGUCAAAACCCACACUUUGAAUUGCACUCAGAAACUAACUGUUAGCCAAUGUAGUCAGGCCAGAUCGGUCUUACUAUGUUCAGACCAUCUGAUCCCAGUCAAGUCAACAAUCUAGCUGCUCAAUUUUGCAAUUUUGUAAACUGGCUGCAGUUUACAAAUACCUUUCAGUGGUUACCCAGAUGUGGGCAACAGAAGCUAGGCCAGGGGUUGCAAGCUUUUUUGGAGCAGUGGGCAGUUUUUGAAUUUUGAGAAUGCUCUGGGCACCCUGCAUAAAUGGCAUGGCAUAACCCAAAAUUAGAGUACAUUCAUGAUUAAUCUUUCCCCAUAUUUAUAUUUCUGUACUAGAAACAGCUUAACCUGUUCCAUUUCAGCUUGUCAUACAGAUGUUAAAGGCAUAUAUUAGCAAACUACUUAAAUGCUAAUGUAUUUAAGUGGUAAAUAAAUUGUUUAAAUAAAAUAAAUACAAACCCUGAUUUUCCACAGUGUCAACCCUAAACCAAAGCCUACGCUGCCUCAUUAAACUUGAAGAGACUUGCUUCUGAGUAGACUUGUAGACCAUUGUAUAGUAAAUUAACUAUACAGUGAAUUGUGAAUGAGUGCAGGAGACAUGCCUAAGCCUCUUUGCAAAGCCUUCACUUUUGCCUUUUGCAGGGACAGGAUUCUUUAACAUCCAGCCACACUUACUGUAGUAAUAUUUUUAGAAAAUAACUUACAGGGAGAGCCAGUGUGGUGUAGUGGUUAGGAGCAGUGGACUCGUAAUCUGGUGAACCGGGUUCUUGCCUCCACUCCCCCACAUGCAGCUGCUGGGUGACCUUGGGCUAGUCACACUUCUUUGAAGUCUCUCAGCCUCACUCACCUCACAGAGUGUUUGUUGUGGGGGAGGAAGGGAAAGGAGAUUGUUAGCUGCUUUGAGACUCCUUAGGGUAGUGGUAAAGCGGGAUGUGGUAAAGCAGGAUAUCAAAUCCAAACUCCUCCUCCUCCUCCACCUGAUUUCAGGUGAACUCACCACAGGAAAGAUGGAUUCUGGUUGCUAGGGGAAAAGGAAGGGCAAACUACAAAUAUUCCACUGGUUGGGAGAGUAAGUUAGAUGCAAGAGAAGUGCACUAAAGGGGAGGCGGAAACAGCAGCUCUCUGGGGCCCCAGGGAUUUCUACUGCUUGGUGUCCAAACAACUUGUUUAUUAAUCUCUUUAUUAACUUUAAACAGUAUAGCAUCACAAGAGACACAGCAUUUUGAAUAAGCAUGUGUCUCAAGUGACACAAAGGAUUCUAUUGUUUGGAAGAUUAUUUUUUUCUUUCUAUGGGGAUGCACAUAGAUAGUGUGCAGCAGUUCUUUCAGUAGGCUUUCAGCAAGAAUCGUGGUUAACCUCCACACAAUAAUCCUUCACAUAAUCCAGCAGUAAAAACUUUUGGUCCUUUUGAGGGUCACUGGGAAGAAGUAGUUAUGGGCUUGCUAAUACCAUAUUGACAGGAUGGAGGCAUGGUUGGAGUAAUGCCUCACUCAUCAUCACCAUUCUUCUUACAGUUUCCAGGAGGCCCGUGACGAGCUGGCAGAAUUUCAGGAGGGCAGCAGAGAACUGGAAGCAGAGUUGGAGGCUCAGCUGGUACAGGCUGAACAGAGGAACCGGGACUUGCAAGCAGACAACCAAAGAUUAAAGCAAGAAGUGGAAACUUUAAAGGUACAACUGCAUCUGUUAGCAGUGUUGGUGGAGGCAAAUCUGGAAUAGGAAAUUAUCGUUGCAUUUAUAGCUCACUUCAUUAUCAAGACAUUGUUCUAAAGCUACACUUAGGUUUCAGGGCCAGUUAAUUGUGGCCUAUCCUUUCUCUUAUUUUUAUAGUCUCUUAGCCCACCAGAUUUUCAAAAGUCACUGGAAAAUGAGCAGCCUAACAAGCCUUGGAGCUUAAAACUAGUGCUCAAUGUCUAUUAAAGGGCUUUUAAGAGUGAACAUUGGUGUAUUCAAAUGCCUUUUACACGUGAAAGGACUGCUUGGUGCUAUGAGUACACUGUGGGAAGAGAAGAUGUUUUGGCAGAAUCCUAUCAGAAAGGUGUAUGCAUUGCUGUUGGCAGCACUCUGGUUGCAAGGCUAUAAGAGUUUAGUUGCAGUUCAAAGACACAGUGAACUGCCAUACUGCCUUGACAUGCUUCUGGAGAAUUGCAUUCUCUCCCAUAAACCUAAAGGUACUGUAACUUGGAUCUUCUGUAGUAAGAGUACUUGGUUACUUACAACCAUCCAGUAUAAUGAAAAAACAUGCUUGCUUUAUGGUCUUAGAUGAGGGCUUGAGCAUACUGUAUCCACUACAUUCCUUAAGAUGAGCUGUCCCUAUCAAUAUGAACCUCUUACCUGAGGGGCUCUCUUGUAGCUACACAUCUCAUAUGUGAAUUUGCUUUUCAGAAAUGUGGUAGGCGUUGAGGAGAAAAAGAGAAGAAAAUGGGUUAAGUCCUGCUGGGUGUGACUUGGUCUGUUUGUAUUGGCUAGGUAGUCUGUAAAUGUAUCUGCAAAUAUGAAUGUGUGUUUGAGGAAGCAGCACAGGGGGUAGCAGGAAUGCUUCUAAAUCACUUUGUUAAUUUCAAAGUGUUGUUAAUUUCUCUUGUGCUUUCAGGAGAAGCUUGAGCACCAGUAUUCACAAAGCUACAAGCAAGUGUCUUUGUUGGAGGAUGACUUGAGUCAGACCCGGGCAAUUAAAGACCAGCUGCAUAAAUAUGUGAGAGAGCUAGAGCAAUCCAAUGAUGACCUUGAGCGUGCUAAGAGGUAAGGGUCAUGGUGUUGGGUGGUAGUCUAUUCCCUUCCUGAGACAGAUAACUCCUUAUAUUGCCUUGCUGCUCAGGUUUUUGUUUCAGUAGCUUCCAAAGAACCUUGUAUGCUAUAAAUAGUGAAUUGAUGCUGAUGCAGUUGUGUAACUAAAACAUCUACAGUGCUUAUCAUAUUUCCAAAACAUCUUUUAUGUGGUAGCCUCUUGGGUUAGCAAAAAAUAUGAUUGAAUUUUGAAGCAUUAAUGUAAAACACGCAAUGACUAUAAUUUCCAUUUAUACAACAAAUUAUUUUGCACAGUCCCCAUAAAAAUAUAUAUGUAUGUGUGUAGUGUUUGUGCCUGGUUGGACUGAUUCUCUCCAGAAGGAUAAAUUAGCAUUCAGAAUGUGCUGUGAGGAAAGUGGUCAAUGAUUUCUGCUACAUCUACAGCCCACAGGAUCAGGUUGGCACCAAAUGUGCCAAAAAUAUUAUUUUAUUUUAUUUAUGGUUAAGUAUAUAUAAUAGUUAAAUGUUGUACAUCAUGAAUAGGAGCCGCAAAUACCUUUAAAAUGAAAUCCUGCUCUCAGGGGUUUAGGGCAUCCUUGCAAAUAAAUUCAGAAAGUUUGCUGACCACAAACUAACCAUGACUUAUAAUAUGAUAGUUUUAGAAGUGACUCUUGAAUGUGCACUGAAGAGCUGUAUCCUCUGUUUUUCUCUGUGUGUGUCUAGGGCCACAAUUGUUUCCUUGGAAGACUUUGAACAAAGACUGAAUCAGGCCAUUGAGAGAAAUGCCUUUUUGGAAAGCGAGUUAGAUGACAAGGAAUCUCUGCUAGUUUCUGUACAAAGGCUGAAGGAUGAAGCAAGAGGUAUUGCUAAAUUAAUGCUUAGUUAAUGAAGAUGGAAUCUGGUUGUGAAGGAAUAAAUAGGAACUUUUAGAAUGAACCGUGGGUACAAAUGUAAGCCAAAUUGUAAUAUAUUGUCAUAUCGUGAAGUUUAGCUGGCAAUAUAUUAUGAUGUUGGAAAGCAGGUAUUUCCUAGCCAUACUGGGAGGUUCAUAGAAACAGUAAAAGGGCUUUGAACUACUACUGGUUUCCAAGCACCAAACAGCCAGGUGGGUGCCUGGAAAGUUCACACAAGGUAUUUUGAGAGAUGGGUGGCGUUGCCCACCUAUCAAUCAUGUGAUGUCAUAAUGAUGUCAUGUCAUAUUUGGCUUACAAGGCUGAUCCUGAUAAGGAUUUGACCUGUGGAGGCAAAUAGGUUUCCCAGCCAUGCUUUAUGUAGUGGCUAUCAUAUUUCAGAACACGAAUCAAUGAUCUGUUGGACAUCAGCAGACCAGAUUUGAUGAGGAAAUACAUAUUAAGUAACUUUGAAACCCAUCUGUACUUAUGUAAUCUCCUUUGGAAAUCCCUGACUUAUGGAACAUUUCUCGGAAGAGGCUUCAGCAGUAUGUAGAUAAAGGCAUGUCUGGCACCUUCAGCAUUCUUUCUGUGGCACCCCUGUGAGGCUCAGGAACCCAGUUAUGUCACCACUUGCCUGCAGAGCUGGCAGCCACUCACCGUUUUUCAAACACGCUUCCUUGUAGAGUGUUCCCUUAGCCUCCUCUCCCCUCUCCUUGGGAGUCGUCUGGGCAGCAGCUGCUGCCGCCCCUGGUCUCUUGGGUUGCUCUCCUUCCACAAAGAGAGGUGUCUCUUCAUGCUGCCCCACAAGGUCCUGGGACUUGUCUGUCCAUUCCCAACAUCAAGGGCUGGUGGACUGGCUGACUGGGCUCCCUUGCCUGCUUGCUUGCUUGCUUUGAGGCAGCCUCAGCUCCUGGCAACCAGUACCUGGCAAGACACUAAAAAGACCUUGCUGUGCCAUUCUGCACAGACUUCUUGUCUCUCCCUGUUGUGGUGUGCUGCCUGCACUUAUAAUUUGGUAAAAUAAAAUAAGACUGUGUAUAUUUUAUAGACUUGGGUUCUUUUGACGUUUCAACAAAAAUUGUCUUUUCCACAAUGGAAGUGUGAGGUGCUAUUCAAAAUAUGAAUAUGCUGUGUCAGCCAAGCAGAUGCUUGAUUGCCAAGGAGUACAUUUAUAAAAGCUAGUGGGAGGAGGGAGGUGAAUUUACCUGAUGGGCAGUUUCCCUUUGCUUAAGGGUUAUUAGUUAUGCUACUUCUGUGUAACUUGCAUUGAUAGACAAUGGAAAUUGUUCAUUAUUGACGUCAAGUUUUAGUUCAAAGGAAGUCUUGUCCAAGUUAGGGUUUGAGAUCAAGUCAUGCAGCUCCAGCCAACGUUCUGUUUGUGUCUCAUUUGGCCUUCACAAACCUACUCUGAGAUGGUAGGAAUCUCCAGAGAAAUGAGUACAACAGAAGUUGGAGGGUAAGGUGGAUGUGUUCUCUGUGUUAUGGGACACAUCUGCAAUAUAUUCUUCUUCAAACUUACAGAUUUAAGACAAGAAUUAGCAGUACGGGAAAGGCAACAGGAAGUGACCAGGAAGUCAGCGCCUAGUUCCCCAACCUUGGACUGUGAGAAGAUGGAUUCAGCUGUCCAAGCAUCACUCUCACUGCCAGCAACACCUGUUGGGAAAAGCUGUGAGAACAGCUUUCCCUCUCCAAAAGGUAGAACACAAUACACAUGUUAUGCUCUGAAUGUUCUACUGUUUACAUUGUGUGUGAAUGUAGAACUUGCCCAGUUCUUGCACAGCUGUAGUAAUGUGGGCCAGUCUCAGAGUAGAAGUUAAAGAACAAAUUUUGAGCCAUAUACAGCAACAAAGAUUUACUUGUGUAUUAAUUAAGACUUAUUUUUUUCCACCUGGCCUGGGAGGGUGUGACCCUGACUGACUUCAGCUACAAAAGCUGAGGCUGCUGAAAGAAUCUUGAGCGGGUUUUUUGUGGUGUGUAUGUGUUUCUGGGGUUUUUUUGUAUCUUUAUUUUGUAUCUUAUUUAUGUGGAAAUCGUUCAGUUUGGUUGUAUACUUUUUGAUGUUUUGUUUCUUUUUUUAUGACUACUUUUGUUACAUUUUUUAAUAAGCUGCCUUGAGCAUAUUUUUAACUUUGUAAAGGUGGCAUACAAAUAAAAUGGUUGAUUAUUUUUCCAUUGCUUCUUGUUUUUGUUAUAAAACCCUAUCCGAUAUAAUGGCAAUGUAGAUAUUUGAAGAUUGUGAGAUAAGGUUUUAGGGAACUGACUGAGAUAGUUGGUCUUCAUAAAUAUGUGUAGUGGUGAUAUUUUCCCAGAGAGCAACUGUUCUUAGGGGCCAGGGAACAUGAGUGGUCAUGCUCUUCUUUUUCCUUUUUUGUUCAUAUGUACAUCCAUGUGACUAGUCUCUUGUCUUUUCCCUUCUGCAGCUCUUCCCAACGGUUUUGGUACCAGUCCCCUUACUCCCUCAGCCAGAAUAUCUGCGCUCAAUAUUGUAGGUGAUCUCCUAAGGAAAGUUGGGGUAAGAGCCUUUCUUUACCAUGCAUGACUUAUUUAUUCUCUCUUUCAGAGUUCCAGGCUAUGUUUAAAGCAGCCUAGGACUUUUCAUUGAUACUGUUGCAUACUGAUUCUGUCACACUCUUCGUUAUGAGAUGAACUGUAAACAAGGAUGCUAAUUGAAACAAAUGCAUUGUUAAUAGCAUUGUGAAUGAAGGUAUCUGCUUCAAGAUGUUUGAGCCAACUCUCUCUCUCUCUCUCUCUCUCUCUCUGUGUGUGUGUGUGUGUGAGAGAGAGAGAGAGAGAGAGAGAGAGAGAGAGAGAGUUGGAAUUAGUUCUCUUGGGAACCAAAGUGUGUGCUGCUGGCUUACUCACCCUAGAUAGUGGCAAGCUGUUGUUGUCUUCUCUCUACCCCUCUCUCACCCUGCCCAUUGCAGAAUUCAGAAUGCAUGUAUGUGUGUGUGUGCGCAUUGAGGAGUGCAAAAAUGGAUGGGCAAUGCUUAAUGAAAUCAUAGAGCAUUUAUCUCACAAAUCCCAUUAAAGAGGUUAGCUGGUUAGCUCAGAGUAUCCCCCCAUAGUCUGUUGUCUCUCCAGUCACAUCCCAGCUCUGAUGGUUAUUUGCAUAUUCUUCUAGUAUUCCUACUUUCCUGUAACAAAUGCUUCUAGUUCUUACCUUUUUUGCCAGCUGCUCCCAGCUUUUCCAAGAUUUUCUCAUAAAAUGAUGCAAAUUUCAAUUUCUACUAUUUUUAACAUUUUGAAGGGCAUUUUGGCUUUUCAAUAAGGGAGUUCUCCUCUGAAGAAUUCUGGCCUGUCCUGCAUUUGGGAAUCCAUGUUCUAUUCAAGAGCAGACUUUUCAAAUCAGCUUCUCUUACUAAGAAUGUGACAUAAGUGGAAUCGGAAGAUUGACUGGCUGCCCUGAGUCAUUGCUCCAUCUUAUAUUUUGUUGAAUCUGCUGAUGUUGAUUCUGUUUCUCCUAAACCCUCAUUAAGGCAAAUUACUUUAAAUAAAAAGCUCUGUUAUCUACUUCUUUCUCAGGCCUUGGAAUCGAAAUUAGCUGCUUGUAGAAACUUUGCGAAGGACCAGGCAUCGCGGAAAUCUUACAUUUCAGGGAACAUAAACAGCAGCAUGAUAAACAGCAAUGGCAUGAAGUUCUGUCAUUCAGGACACACGACAUUCUAUGACAAAGCGUAAGUUCUGGUUGUGCUCGAUGUUUCAGGGAUGUAGUUUGUAUGCUAAUAGACAAAAGUUUCCAACCUUUGGCCUAUGGACAUAUUUCCUGUGGAUAUAGGGUGCAACUUAAGGAAGCCCAUCAUCUACAGGCCUCUUGUUAAGCCCAGAGAACAGGAUACCUUGACCCUCUGAGGAUGCGAAUCUGAGCUUUCAUGUUCUCCAAUUUGGCACCUAAGCUGUAGCACUAGGAAGCUGGCUUGGCAACCUUCAAGAAAUUGUAGUGGGCCCUUUAGAGUGUUCUGUACAGUUGGGGAAAGGAGUUAAUAGCAAAUAGUGGAACAUCACUCAAAAUAAGCAAGGCAUCAUGAGGUCAGAUUUGUUUGGCUUACUGUGACACUUCAUGCUUUGGUUUCUUUCCAAGAGUUAAGUGAAGUUUGUUAAGUAAGAAACAACCUAGCCUUCACAUGCCAUCAGUGAAACUCAGGAGUAUUCCAUCAUGGCUACCACGUAUGUCUAACAGAAUAUUGUAGUAAUGGUGGUGAGCUGAACUCCCACCCUCAUAUUUGUUGGACCAUUUGUCCCCUUGGGAAAAUGAAUAUGUUUUCCAUUAGAUUUCAAGAUGGACAGAAGAAAAUUUUGUGCGUAGUGGUUGGCUUGGACUCACUUUACUUCUUAGAAUGAGGAGGCAGAGGGUUUAGGGUCAACAGGACCUUUUUCUUCCUGACUGUUAACUGUCAUGCCGUUGUGGAUGUUCUGAUUUAGGUAAGAUCAUGAAGGGGAAGGGUUGGGUUAACUCACCCAUUCCUGCACAAAGUUGUCCUGAUCCAAAUUUUUAUUUUUUAAACUAUAGGGCAGUGGUGGGAAAUAGAAUUUGGCUGGUAAGCCAGAUCCUUAGCUCCCCCAUCCGCAGUGGGACACUUUGACAGCUGCAGUGUCAAAGUCCUGCCCACUUGUCAAUCACUUGAUAUCACAAUGUCAGGUGACCCAUUUUUCCUAGGCAACACAGCUCAAAGUCAAACUGUGUCGCCAAGCAAGAUUGCAGCGAGGCUUGAAGUUGGUGCUGAUCAGCCAAAUUUAACAGGUGCUGCAUACAAGCCCCACUUGCCAAAGAGUAGUUGGGAGUAUAUUCUAAGGCUCCUGGUUAUUCCUUUCUCUUGCAUCGUUACCUCAUAUAUGGCAUCAUAUAUGAUGGCAGGUGGGCAUGGCUUCGGAGAAAUGGCUUACAGGCCAUAUUAAGGACUCCUGGCAGAACAAAUUAGCCUGUGGGCUGGAGUUUUCUCAACCACUGCCAUAGAGAAUGUGAAGGACUACAGAGUUUCUCUUCCUCUGUCAUAUCAAGUACAGGAAGACAAACUUGUUAAUGUUUGAAAUGAUACACACUCUUGGUAAUUUCAUUAUAAAAUGUAAGGUAAGCAAGCCCUUUCCACUCUUUCCACUGAGAGAACUUUCUCAGAAAUUUCUUCUGCUCUUUCCCAAUUUGGGCAAAAAUUAUUCUAGCCUUUUAUGUCCCUCCCCUGCAAAUGGGCAAAAAGAGCUGUGCCAAAAAUAUUGGUCCAGCUCUAGUUAAGAGCUGUUUGUUUCAAAAGUUUCGGGAGCUAUGCUGCCUUGAGCAUUUGUGAGGUUUUAAAUAGUGUAUGGUCAACCAUGUUCCUAAUCUUUUUGCAGAGAUUUGGAGCCACUGCAAAGAAAGCCCUGCCCUAUGCCACCUUUCCCCAUACUUUGGAUUGUGGAGGAUCAGGGUCAUCCUUAAAUUAUCUUGCACAGAGAUUGUUUAGGUGACAUAAACAGGGAGUUAGGCAAUGAAGUUGUUGCAAAACUGAAGUGUUAUGUUCCAUGCAACCUGCACCAGUUGCAAUCUAACAGCUGCAUUUCUGGUACCUUUUUCAAAGGCAGCCCCUGACAGACCUCAAGACAGCAGUCUAACCUAGAUGUGACUAAGUGUGAUUAGGGCAAAGUGUGGUACAUCUUUCAUGUGCAAAACUAAAUCCACAUAAGCAGCUGAGUCCUUCAGAAGUUUGGGAGGGGAAAGGGAAAGUAGAAGCUCUGCUGGCUGCCUUUGUGCCUGGCUUAAUGAUGUUUUCUGUAUAGCUUACAGAGCAAGCUGCAUCUUUGCCAUUUGCACAAAGGUGGGAUAGGAAAUUGCUUGUGGAUACACUUAGUCUCAAUGUGAAUUGGGUGUGCCUUCAAUGUGUGAUUUGCUUCUCAUGGUCAUGAAUCCAGAGGCAAGCCUCUUAAAACCCACGCUUGCUAUCUUGAGCCAUACUGUGAACAGUAAGCAGAUUGUAAGGUAGGAAAGGGUCACUCCAUGCUGGGCUGCAUGCUGGGCUGGUUUGUGUAAUGCAACAUGCAGUUGACCCGCUGGAAGUAUUCAUGAUUUGUGUAUAUUUUGUAUUAUCUCUCUAUUGCUGCAUCAGUCAUCGUCUCAUGUCUCUUUUCAGGUCCUUUGUGCUUUUUAUCAGUUUAAGCUCAUCUUAUAUUGGCUUAGUUUUUGUUGCCCUCUCCUCUUUUUGCUUUCUGCUCAUCCCUUCAUUUAGAACACCCUGGCUUUCCUCUUACAAGUCUCUCUCCAAAAUUCUCUUCAGGUUUUCCCAAGUCUCAUUCUGCACUUUUGCAGAAAUGAUUUCUUUCUAUUUGGUCCUCUUAUUUUAUUUUUAUUUUUUUUGCCAGUCCCUGACCUCACCUUGCACUAUGCCAUAUCCUAUUCAGUGCAGAACUCCCUGUUGUUUAUAGUAAUUAGUACAGAACUGAAACAACAGAAUUGGUAAACAGUACUGUUAGGCAGCUGCAGUCCUACUUUUGGGCAGUGGUUAGGGGAUUCUUGCAGCUUGUCUCUUGAAGAAUAUGUCUAACAGAGAUCUGGUGAUCCUGUCUUCAAGGUAGUGCUGGGGAACAAAUAACAACAACAAGCUAUAUCCCAUGAAGCAGACACACAGGGUUUUCUUGAGCAGCAAGCAGGGAGGUAUUCAAGUUCUUCAGGAGUGUGCAGAGAAGAUUAAAGGCCACACUUCUUUUCUCAGUUCCUUCUGCUUUUGGCCCCGAUGUUGACACUCUGUGGCCUUGCAUCCUGUCCGUCUUCCUUUGCUGCUUCUCCUUGUCUCUCCCCCACCCUCCCUUUCAGUCCACCUGUGUUUAUUUAUUUAUUUAUUUAUUUAUUUGCCUAUUGUUAAGCCCUUCUGAGUAAUUGUGAAUUGGCUACCAUCUUAUUGCCAUGCUGGCUAGGGCUGAGUAUAGCUUAUCAUGGCAUGGAAAGUGAGCUUAGGCAUGCUCUUUUUUCUCCUUCUCCCCUGUUUGUUUGUUUGUUUCUUUCUUUUUCUCUCUCUCUCUCUUUCUUUAGCCCCUGUAGUCAUCUCCCUGCCCCCAAUUGUCGCUGGAUCCUGAAACAGCCACGCAUGUUUAUGGACCCAACCCAAUCUGCUGCUGCUGCUGCCUUAUGAAUGGCCUAUGGUUGGGUGGUGGGACUGAUUGAGGUAACUCACACAUUGCUCUAUUGUUGGCUUUGCCGCUGUUCUGCUAGUAGCAAUUGUUUACACUGUUGACUCUCUAUGGUGCAUUGGAAUUGAGUGGCUAUUAAACUGGGGUGUGGUGGGUACUAUCCUACCUAGUGACAUGCAGGAACAACUUGUUAAGGGCUUCUUAUAUGGAAAGUUAACUUAAGUCAUUUGUUGAAACUUGAAGCCAAGUGAGCUUAAGUGAAGUUGGAAAUUGUGACUGAACCAGAGAAUAAACCAGUUAUUCAUGUCCUUGUAAUGCUGAAAAUUGGUGGUGGCUGAUAAGUGGCUGAGAUGACUUCAUGCAAACUUGUCUUUUGAGCUUGUUAGACUAGGGAUGAGGAACCAUAGGCCUGUGGGGUAUAUGUCAUCCCUAAGACCUCCCCAUCUGGCCUACAGUGUUCCCUUCCCUGCUACAAUUAAAUAUGAAAAAAGGCUUUUCCCAGAGCAUUUCAGUUUGACACAGCUAGGAAGGAAAGUGUUAAUACUCCCUUUGCACCAAAACACCCUGUGCUCUGCAAUUAAACUUGAUAAGUAGCCUUCUGUUGCCAUCAGGAGAAGGUUUUUCUCAAGCCUAAUUGUUGUGAUGGUCUGUCACAGCCCAUUUGCAAUCUCCAGAAAAUCCAUCCCUCCUCCAGGAGUUGGGCUUCAAAAACCCCAAAAUACUGUUUUCAAGCCAAGUUGGCUGGGGGAGUGAAUGCAUGUGAUAUGAAGGCAGGUGUGUGUAUGCAAUCCUUGGAGGGUUUAUAUCUCAUCCUGCUUUAGAUCUCAUUGCCAAGAGUACAAUUGCUUGCAUUGUAGUAUCACACGUUUCUAUUGCAGAAUGAGAGCACCAUCAGCAGAGCACACUUUAGAUCCCAGCCCAAGCCAGAAUUCCAUGCUGGUGUCUUUGUAUCUUAUGUUAGCAUUAAUGUACAGCGUUAUCAAAUUCUAAACACAGCUGUAUUGAUGUUGUACAAGCUAGUACUAAAAAUGGUCUCUGGUAGGCCAUCAAGGACCACUGACUAUAUUAUUAGAAAUAUAUACAGUAUACAUGAAUGCCAGUUGUGCAGGCAGAACCCCUAAUAGCAAAGUGUUCCCAGAGCAAGGCAGACAUGUAGAUGGUAAACUGGAUUGAUUUUAGGCAACUCUAAUCUUGCUGUUUUAGUGCUAUGCUUGGUGGAAUUUGGAAAGCAAUUCCCCACUUUGGCUUUAAUACUAGUUCCUAAAUUGACUUCAAGAACCUCACCUUCAUCAGUGAUGCCUGGAAGUCUUUUGACAUAACAGAUAUUUUCAAUAUGAAUUGUUUCCAUCUCUCCUUUUUGGAUAGGUCAGAUUCCCUGCGCAUUUCAUGGGUAAUUGCAACUGUUUUGGUGUGAUGCCUGAUGCGUGGAGAUGCGAGUGUGUGUCACUUAUCAGGGAUGUGUGGGGCUGAGAUACUAAUCUUGUGACUGAAUUGGUUUUUGGUUUUUAUUGCCAUGUAACUAGAUUUAUAGAUUUUACGUAACAGGAUGCUAUACUUCUAUUGAACUCUUGUCCUCUUCAUGCAUGCCACUUGAGUGCGACAAAUACGUGCCAGAUUUGAGGUGUGUGCUGUGUACAGAAAUGAAACUUCUGGAACUUUGCAAACCAUGGAAAAACAAACCCCUAGAAAUUUUGAGACAAAAUAAUAUAUAUAUAUAAGUACUUAUUCAUCAAUUUCAAACUUGAAUAUAAAAUGUAUUGUGUAAAGUUAGUACUUUAGCAAACAGUACAAUUUAAUGAAAUUUUAAAAACAAAUGCCUUAGCUGUAUUUGAGCAUCAAUUACAAAUAGGCCCAGAAAUAGAGUUACUACCUGCUGAACCUUACAUUACAUAAAGAUAACUGUUUUUUGUAAAAAUAUGAAUGAUCACAUAAAGCAGGAACAAUCAGUAUCGUGAUAAGCAAAAUGAAAGUUUUUAACAAUUAGGCCUUGAAACAGUCCACUGUCCAUAGCAUUUAUCCAGAAAUGGGGAAAAACCCCAAAUUAAUAAAAUAAUAAUAAUCUGGAGACACAUGAGGGGAUAGUGGAUUGAUACCACAUAUCACAAGCAAGAUUCAUAUAUAUCUGCUUUAUAUUCAGGUGGUGACAUUUUCAUGCGGGGGUUCUGUUCCCAGCCCCCAUAAGCGUCAGUGGAGUGCGUAUAAGCCUUCAUCCGGGUCCAAAAGGACCUGUGCGUCUGCAAUCAUGUGUCAGUUGGACAUGCCUAAAAUGGUUGCCAUCUGUGUAACAGGAUUGAGCUCUUUAGUCAUUAGCACACAACAAGUGUGGAAGGCAAGGGUAAAAAUACCAUAAAUAAGCCACAUGAAACCCUAAUUGAACAAUAAAGCACAACCUUGAAAAUUCCCACAAUGAAAUUUGUUUCUAAUCAUGAUCAUUUCUGAAAGAUCAGUAGAUUCCAAUUUUCUGUUUCCUUCUCCAUAAUUUGUGAACUGAAGGUUUGCUGCUUGAAACAAUAUUUGCAUGUUAGCUUGUUUCUUAAUUCAGUGUGUACUUAAUUUGCAUCAUUUUAUUUCAUGCUCAAAUUUCAAGUGGAGGAAUUUGGAAUAGGCAUUAAGAAUUGUACAUGUCUUCAAAAAGUACCUAACACUUUACAUCAGAAAUUAAGGAAGUAAGAUAAAGAUGAAACAAUAUUUUAAAGCCCUGUAUUAAAAGGUGUCAUUCACAUUAAGUUGGCUCCAGUGCUGGAGGAAUUCCACUCCCCUAACAAGAUUUCACCUGCCUGUUCUUCCAUUCUGCCCCUGCCACCAACAGACCUCCAAAAUCUGCUCCAGAAGGUUUAGAGACCCUUCAGAGAAAAUUCUGACUGUGUGGAAGUCUGUUGCAGAUGAGGAGAGGGAAUUGAAGUCCCUUUGCUCAAAUACAGAAAGCUGCCUAAUCAUUGGUCCCUGUAGCUCAUUAUUGUCUACACUGAUAUAUUGGCUCUCUAGGGUUUCAGGCAGGGAGCCUCUCCCAGCUCUACCUGGAGAUUAAGCCUGGGACCUUCAUCAGGCAAAGCAGAUGCUUGCCCAGUGCUGAGGUUUGACCCUUCUGUCCAUAAUUCCAAAAGUGAAAAUAGUUCAUAAGUUUCAAAUUUUCUUCCACAGCGUCCUUUCUUUUUCAUUGAAAAAUGGAGGGGAAAGGCCUUGAAGGGAGAAGGGCAUUCCCCUACCUCCCUAUUCAUUCUUUGUCAAUAGAUUUCUGCUUAAGAAGGGGAGAGGAAGUCACUGCUGAAUGUAGUCACUUCUGCUGUUUGAGUGAGAAGUAUGCCACAGGCAAGAAGCUUUGCCUGCUCAUAUUGAUGCGGCAUUUCUCCAGCUCAAUCUGCUGUUGAAUCAGGAAGGCAGAGGGAGGCUUUAAUGGGCCUCCUGCCUCAGCCAGUCCUAAGGAGAUAAGUAGGCUAGAAAUGGCUGACCGACAGUUCGCUAGGGCUUUAUUGCAUCAGAACUGCAGUUCAGUGAAUGGCCUGGAUCUGAACAGUCUUGUACCUCGGUUCUCAGCUGUUACCAUGACAUUCCUUGUGUGACUAGCCCCAGCACUUUGUGUGGUUUUUGUAGGAACAGGUUAGCCUAUAAUUGCCUUAAGCCAUCUUCAGAAUAUCUGUGACCUAGAAAUACUUUUUCUUCUCUGUAGGGCUCACACCACCAUCAUUUAGCUUGCCCUGGGAAGCCCUAGCAGUCCACUAGAUACCUGCUAAUCAGUGAAUUGUACAAUUGACCAAGACAAUCUCUUUUCAGUGCUAAGUGAACUUCCAUAGCUGUGAUGCAGCCUCCAGCUGCAAUCUGUGUAGGAAUUGUCUCUGUCCAGUAUGGACAAGCUAUGUAGUGGGAGAAAGUUUGGACAUAUAUGUUGGGUUUCACUUCAGCAUCAUCACUGUGUGCUUAAUUUGUGCCCAAGCCCAGUACAUUUAAAAACCUGAAAUUGGAAAUAAACAUCAGUAUAUUCAAAGGGAUGUGUACAUAUUUUGUGGGUAACACCACAUUAGUGUAUCUGGGAAUACUAGUCAACAAGUUCAGGUCUGUUUAGGAGUUGGACUCCUCAUCAGUGAAUGUUUGUAUUCCAGAAGUGUUGUCCCCUGCCUGUAGGUUUGGUAGCAUAGAACUAUGCAUAACCAUGACCUUGCUGGAACUUUCUGAAUCCACCUUCUAGUACAGAAUCUGCCAUCACUCCAAUUCUUGGUGAUUGGAUUGCAAAUUUUGAAAACACAGGCAAUUUGUGCAAAACCACUUGACCUGGAUGGAGCAUAUAAUGGCUAGGUCAUUCAACAUGUUCUAUCAUCCUGUCUCAAUGUCCAAUGCCAUGGAUCUGUCCAUUCUCCCAGGACACUUUCUGUUCAUUAGCAUCAUAAACAUCUUCUCUGUCUCUACCACACUAAAAGUAGCUAGGGGGUUGCAUCCAAUUAUACAGUGGUGCCUCGCAAGACGAAAUUAAUUCGUUCCGCGAGUUUUUUCGUCUAGCGAAUUUUUCGUCUUGCGAAGCACGAAAUCCCAUAGGAAUUCAUUGAAAUCCAAUUAAUGCGUUCCUAUGGUCAAAAAAAGUCCAAACAAAGCCAAAUUUGGUACAACAAGAGUUUAUUAAGUGCUCUUUAAAGUCACACAUACUGUAAAGAGCAUUUCAAAAAUUGAAGGAACAAUAAAUUAAGUUUCUAAACAUGACAGAAAAACAUUUAAAAAUCAACAAAGUGUACAGUACAUUUUCUAAGACUCUGGGGACAACUCGAAGAAGGUUCCUCUUCCACUCUUUGCUUCUUGCUGAAGAACCCCCUCCUCAACUGUUCCCCCAGCCACCCACCACACAGAAAUUCAAAUCCAGAUUUUUUUAAAAAAACAGCAGAGUGGCCCAAUGGUCACAGAAAAUCAUAAAAAUGCAGAAAAAAACCACACAAGCUUCCAGAUUCUUGCAAACCCCUCCUCAACUGUUCCCCUAGCCACCCACCAGACAGAAAUUCAAAUCCAGAAUUUUUUUAAAAAAACAGCAGAGUUGCCCAAUGGUCACAGAAAAUCAUAAAAAUGCAGAAAAAAAACCACACAAGCUUCCAGAUUCUUGCAAACCCCUCCCCAACUGUUCCCCCAGCCACCCACCACACAGAAAUUCAAAUCCAGAAUUUUUUUUAAAAAAACAGAGUUGCCCAAUGGUCACAGAAAAACAUAAAAAUGCAGGAAAAAACCACACAAGCUUCCAGAUUCUUGCAAACCCCUCCCCAACACCAAGUCCUUGAAUUCCAAACACCCCAACCCAAAAUCCAAAAACCCCAAAAAAAGUUUUAAAAGUUUAAAAGAAGUUUUGGAAAAGCUUCAAAAAUCACCAAAGUCUUCAAAAACCUCAAAAAAGGCUACCACACCGCGUUCUAUGAGUUGCUCCUCGAAGUCAAGUCGCAACUGUAUUAACGGUGUUAAGAAAAGGGAAACAAACUUGCAAGACGUUUUCGUUUUUCGUCUUGCAAAGCAAGCCCAUAGGGAAAUUCGUCUUGCGAAGCAGCUCAAAAAACGGAAAACCCUUUCGUCUAGCGAGUUUUCCGUCUUGCGAGGCAUUCGUCUUGCGGGGCACCACUGUAUUCUGCUAAUAAAUGGUUUCUUGAUCCAUCAGAGGCUUAUAUGAAUUCCCCCUUCCCUCUGCAGUCCACUGUGUGCACACACAUUCCAGAGAGUUGGGGAGCCCUUGAAGUGGGGGGAGGGGUUGGCAGGAGAAAAGGGGACUUCCAUUCACUGAAACCUCUACUUGAAUGAAGAGCUUGCUGUGGGUGUAGGACACAAUUAGAUAGAUUGAACCAAUGGGAAUUCCAAUUCAUUGGCAAAACUAACUCUGAAACACUUCUGUCACUCUGCAACUUUUGAAUAAUUGAAUUUGAGACCUAUUUCUUAGCUAUUGUAACACAGCCCACAGCAAAGAUUUAACUAGCUCUGUGAGCCACCUAAUCCUUCUUUAUGUAAUUCGUUUUUGCUUUUCUUCUGGGUUGCAGCAACAGGAGAGUGUCCCACAUUUGCAUGCAGCCUAGCUCUGGGGGCUUGUGGUAAAUUAUGAGUCUCCUCCUCUAGUUUUUCAAAUGGAGAUUAGGUCUAAGAGCAAGAGGUAGAAACAGAGGUUGGUUUGGUAUUUGUGUGGCAGCAGGGAGCACCUCUACAUGGAGGUGUGAUGUUUGGUCAAUGCAUAUUGUGCGUUUUGAUACUUCUCAUAGCUUUCUGAUAGACUGGAAAACUUGGAUGAUAAUUUCUGUGUUUGGUUGUGUGGUAAUGCUAAGGCAACAUACCAUACAAAGGCAUUUAUGCACAUCUUGAUGGUAGUGAAACAUUAGUAGUUUACAAGAAACAUUAAAAUUAUCAGUUUAUAAGAUUAAAAAAUGUCAACAUCUGUGACUGAACAGGCUUGUCUAAACAAAAAUGUUUUAAGCAGGUGGGUGUAGAACAGGAUGCACUAAAGGUGUCUGUCUGGUGUCAGUAGGCAGGCAGUUCCAAAGUAUAGGUGCUGCCACACUAAAAUACCCAUUUCGUAUGGCCAAAUAUGCUUACAAAGCAUUUGGUGUAUUUCUGGAUAAGCAAAAAGCCCUGUUACCCCUGAUGACAGCCCCAAAGGCAGAUGUUUCUAUUGAAUAUAUAGAAAAUACAUGUGUACUUUGCCUUUUUGCAGUUAGCCCCCCAAAUUAUACAAUUGUAAAAUAUAAACAAACAUACCAAAAUUGAAAACAAAUGGAAGGAGACUAUUCUAAAAGGAGACAGAAGUGUUAAUCAAGGGACUUGCCCUUGCUGCAUGCAUUUUGGGAACUGAACUAUUGGCCUUUAGUUUGCAGGAUUAACAGUCCUUUGGAUUUUCGCAAUUCAGUUUACACACUUGGCUAGCCCUUGCAAGACAAACAGUUCAGCUUUGCAUCUGUUUGUGACGUGGCGCAACAAGUGCAGUUUUUAUCUGUUGGUACUUCUUGUUAACCAUUUUCUCUUACUGUUCCACAGGGCAGUCAAUGGCUUUGACCAAGGCCCACCACCAGGUCUAGGAGGGUCCAGACCAUCAUCAGCACCAGGCAUGCUCCCUCUUAGUGUAUGAAUGGGUUGCAAGGCAAUGAUGGGACUCUAAUUAGUUCGUGAAGGAACAAGAGCUGCUUGCAAAACUUUUCCGUUAGUGCCCCCUGCUGGAGCUGAGUGGGUUGUAGCACUCAGAAGCUGCCUGGAGAAGAUCCCAGCACACACAGAGCACUCCUUAUGUCAAUACAGUCUAUUUUCUUCUAUUUCCAUCGUGGACGUUCUUUAACGUGGUCACCGCUGAUGUCUGUCUCACAGGAUGCUGGAGUUGCACUUGCCUAAAUCACCUUCUCCUGCUGCCCCACCCUCCAGUUUUGUACCUCUGCUAAGUUGGGCCUACUUUGAUGCUGAAUGGCCCCUUAGCAACUCCUCCACCUCCUCCCACUGCUCCCCAAACUUUGCACAUAGGCACACAGGAUCCCAGUGCUGUAUUUCUUUUCCCCACCCUGCCCCCUUUCUGGAUGAGACAGCUCAUAUUCAAGGGAAGCCAGGGAAGGCCUAGAACUUCUCUGGCCAGCUGAUACACUUGGGAUGCAGGAUGAACCUGUAUGGACCUUCGAUACUCCCAAUGAUAUGAUGAUGUAUCCAAUGGGCUUGAGACCUGAUGGAGCAGCCCUGCUAAAGAUCUAGCUGUGGUAUCUCCUCUGUGGAGCACAAGAAAUGUGUGUGUUGUGCAAUUAUGUCUCUGUUCACCAAAGCUGGUAAUUUUUAAAGUAGAGCAACACCCCUGUUUAAUUUUUUUUAAAAAUUAGUCAGCUUCAUCCUAUGCUGCUGGCUUUUGCCUAUCUUAUUUCAAUAAACCAGUGGUUUGGGGCUCUGGCUUCUUAGUAAGAUUUAGUGGGAAUUGCCUAAGAGCAAGGGAAAGAGAAGGGAGUAGAAGCCAGAGCAGGCUAGGGGCAAAUUGCCACUCACAGCUUGGAUUUUGUCAGCCCUUUUCUUGUGUGUCCUUUGCUGCAUUUACUGUUUACAUUUGUUUUACUGUACAUAGGUUUGUAAACAUAAUAUCUUUGCCUAAGAUAUUUGUACAUAACUUGGGCUUUGUAGCUUUAUUUAUUCAGAAUCUCUGAGGCAUGUUUUCCCUAGGACAGUGUAUCAGAUUUCUGUGGUGACUGCCAUCCUGUGGUUCAACGAGAGAUGGUCCAAAAAUAAAGAUCUUUUAAUGUGGACACAUUGGCUUUUGCAGAAAAGAUGCUUCUGCCUAUGCUUUGUGUGUUGUUUUGGUGAGUGGGUGGUGUCACUGUGGCAGCUGUGGAGCAGGCUCUUCCCCUUAUAAAGUUGACACAUGUUCCUUCCACAGCUGUGGCUAGCUGUCAGUAGAGGGUAAAUACGGAAGUGAGUGUAUCUACAGCUGGAUGUGGAGGUGGUCUGAUCAAAAAGAGCAUCCUUUUUCAUGUGUUUUGGAAUUGUGGCAGCCAGGGAGGGGGCUCUCUUCUCCUACAUGCCUAACCUAUGUUGGAUUCCUGCAGCACAUGACAGUGUAACUUAGUCUUUCCUGGCACUUAAGAACUAACUAAGAAGAGUACUUAAAACUUGUUUAAUGUCAAGAUGGCAACUGAACGGAGGAUUCAGGUCUUGCACAGCUAGCAGCUGAAAUUCAAGUUUGAUGGUUUCUAGUAAGAUUUCCAGCCAAAAUCGAAACUUUCUGCAUGAUGCUUCACUACUGUCAACAUCCCCCAUGAUUGGCAGUAGCAUGUGCUCCUAUUCAUCUUCAUAGUUUCUUAUCUUGAAGAAAGUACACACCCAAAAGACCAAGCUUCAGGUAGGACUUUUUUUCCUAGAUGUAAAUACACCACUAAUAAUGGACCAAUCCACCACUCCUGUACUGUCAUCAUUGGUAAAGUGGUGUGUGGGUACUGCCUUAAGUUAUAUACCAGUUGCAAAGCUAUUUAUCAUCUUCAUUACACACUGCUACAAGAGUAAACAAAAUCUAAAGGGAAAGGGAGUUUGACAGGUGUGGCAUCAACCUGUCAAACUUUGCUUACAGAUAAAAGGUUCUUCUCCCUUGUUCUAAAUUAAGGAAUGGGGGAGGCAGCAUCCCCCCCCCAAGUUAUUGUGACUAGUAUUCCUUGCAUUAUGUAUUGGUUGCUGAACUCUGCAUACAUGUUUCUCAAAUGCUAAAAGAAUUUAAAACCCAAGAAAAUGAAUUAUUGAAGUAACUCAAUGUCUAUCACUUAACUACAAUUUAAAAAUGAUUCAGUAUUUAAUAUUAUCAUUUACUUUUAUAGCACCAUCAGUUUAUCAACAGGGACAAACCUGCACGUUUCAUUUAUUCAUUUCUAUCUUGAGUUCUUCUAAGUAAGCAGCCCAAGCAUGAAUGAGUCUCUAGAAUGAAUAAAUUUAUUGUCUUACAAAAAUCAUUGUCUAGAAAUAUGGAGAUACAAAGAAACAAGGUAUUUGCAGUCAGAUGCCUGGUGGUCAACAGCCAGUUAGGAUUAAGAAAUACCCAAAUGCACAGAAACAAAAGCUUUAUAACGGAUGUUAAAGCUUGUAACCAAAGAAAAGUAUUUUUUUCAAGCAUGUUGCAACAGAUCAAGAUUUCAUAGUUAACACUGAUUCCUCAUCACUGAAUAUCAAUACCACUUGGACUAGAGAAGAUGUGUAUGUAACAUGAUAUGAUAAAAUUAAUACAUUAAAUCAUUGUUAUAGGCAAAU